AUGUUCUCCCUGAUAUCCAUCAUCAGCAUUGCCUUGGCCGUCCUCCCCUGCGCCAUCACAGCACCCACCGUGGGGGACCAGGAACAACUCUCGACAAGGAGUCUGUCAGUCCGCCAAAACACCCCAUGGCAGUGGUGGACCGAGGGGCAAGGGCAGUUUAACUGCCAGCAGCAAGGAGGUGGAAAGUACUCCUGCUCGUGGAACGGACAGCAAGGCGGCGGCAUGGUGGCCGGAACCGGCUGGGGAGCUGGGAGGAAGACCGUGAGGUACCAGGGACAGUACAACCCCAAGGGCCCCGGCUAUCUCAGCCUGUACGGCUGGACCCGCAACCCGCUGAUCGAGUACUACAUCGUCGAGUCGUGGGACGUGCUCGCGCCGGGCGAGCCGUGGACCCUGCGAGGCAACUUCACCUCGGACGGAGGCAACUACGCCUUUUACACGGCACAGCGGGUCAACAAGCCGUCGAUCGAAGGGACGCGCACUUUUACGCAGUACUUUUCCGUGCGUAGCGCGUCCGAAAAGAAGGUUGGCGCCGUCGGGGGCGCCAUAACCACCGGUAACCACUUCGAUGCUUGGGCGAGGAUGGGUUACCGGCUUGGCAACUUUGAGCAGAACAUGUUCAUGGUCACGGAAGCGUUUGCCAAUGGGACCCAGCUGCCCAGCGGAACUAGCACCAUCACUGUCAGUUGA